AUGGACUGCGCAACGGGUGGGUUCCGAGCACUCCAUAGCCAUGUCAAGGCGAUGAAAGCAGCAUCAUCGCGCUAUGCUGCUUCCUCAGUUAGUUCCGAUGAGGGAGAACGAUUGGGGACACCGAGGAGUCCAGAGAUCACCGAUGUCGGGUUGCGUGGCAACCAGGAACGCUUGUGGGAACAAGAGAAGAACCUGAAUGCUCUUCGUGUACGAUGCGUACUGGGCUUGCUGGAGCAGGUUGCUGUCUUAAAUGAACACCAAACGCUUGAGGUGGAUUCAGAAAUUGCAUAUACUGAACGAGAACGAAACGUUCGAUCUAUGCAGUGUACUCUGAACGAUGAAAUGAAGCGUGUAGCUGAAAAGGAACGAAACUUGGACGCUCGAAUUCUGGAAAUUACAAGGCUGGAAGCUCGUCUACAUAAGGCAUUGCUGGAGCAAGAACAGAAGGGAACCCUGGAGCAUCAGCAAAGCAAUUACCAGAACGAACGUGAAGCUGUGCUAGAGCUCCGAGAAAGAAAGUUAGCCCUAUCGAAAGCUCGAUUCGACGAGAAAGAGAAGCAUCUUCAAACAAAGGAGCGCAUAUUGAAUGAGAAAGAAGCGGAGCUUGCGGAUUUUCAGGUCGAAUUGAGCCGUAAAGGCCGCGAAAACGCCGAGCGCGUUAAAGCUGUAGAAAAUGAGUGUCGUGCUUCUUACACGAGCCGAAUGGCCGAUGUGGAAGAUGCCCGUCGUGAGCUGGAAAUUCAGCAGAUCCGUCUUCAGAAACGAGAAGCUGAUGUUGCUUAUCGAGAGAGAGCGUCAGCAGCGCAAGCACUCGCUUUAGAAGAAGUUCAACGGCAGCUUCAUCAGCAGCAGAUGGUGCAAGAGGACUAUUUGACUCUAAUCACACAGAUCCAAGACAGAACCGAAGCAGCGACAGCAGAUUGUGCUGAUGACCACUGUUCAACGCUUGACACUGCUGUACGUCGUUCAUCGCAACUUCGCCUUGCAUCCAACGCUCACACCGAUUUCCAAUUCGUAUGA